UAGGAGGCAUGCUCAUAACCCACCCAGCUGAAGAAAAGCAUGGGAAGAAAAGUGAGUUAAUAAGCAUCAUCUUCUCAUUACCCUUUCUGACUCUCAACGGUCUCAGCCAUUUAACCUUACUCAUCAGAAGCCUAAAAAUAUCAUCUCAAGUCAGCAACUUGAGACAAGUCCAACUGCCUUUCUUUUCACAUGAAUUAAGAGCUUUUGCCUUUUCUUCCAGUGACUGUAAAACCACUCUGCAUGUGUGUAUAUGUUUACUCACGCUCCACUCUCCACCCUGAGGGAGCGCACAGACUCAAAGCCAAACUCCAUCACGUUGCAGCACUCAGAGGUGAACUCAUGGCGACGGCCCUGGAAGCACUCCUCAUCAAAGACAAUGAUCUGGAAGGGCAAAGCAGACAUAGGACUCACCUUCCAGUGGCCGGAGAACUUGGUGCAAUGACUCUCCUGAAGCCCCUCACCAUGUCUCAGACUGCCAAGUCCGCCUCCAGCCAGGGCACUGAUGCCAAGGACAAGGGAGCCCCUGCCCCCGCUGCCUCCAGCAAGGCCACCAAGACCGGCGAGCCUGGCAUGGGAUCCUACAGAAUCAUGCUGUUCGACCAGGAGAACUUCCAGGGCAGGAUGAUCGAGGUCCAGAAUGAGUGUAUGAACGUGUGUGACCGUGGCAUGGAUAGAGUGCGUAGUAUCAUUGUGGAGUGCGGCCCCUUUGUUGCCUGGGAGCAGACUAACUUCCGUGGGGAGAUGUUCAUCCUGGAGAAGGGAGAGUAUCCUCGCUGGGAUACCUGGAGCAACUCCUACCGCAGCGACUGCCUCAUGUCCCUCAGGCCCAUCCGCAUGGACAGCAUGGAGCACAAGAUCUGCCUGUAUGAGCUCUCUGACUUCAAGGGCAACAAGAUGGAGAUCCAGGAGGAUGAUGUGCCCACCCUCUGGGCGCAUGGCUUCUGCGACAGAGUGGGCAGCGUGAGGGUGCCUGGAGGAUCCUGGGUGGGUUACCAGUACCCUGGAUACAGAGGCUACCAGUACCUGUUUGAGUGUGGUGACUACAGACACUACAACGACUUCUGCGCCUUCCAGCCCCAGAUCCAGUCCAUGCGUCGUAUCAGGGACAUGCAGUUCCACCAGAGAGGAUGCUUCACCUUCACCUCUGCCAGCAAGUGAAUGAAUGACACCUACUGGCCGUCUGGUGCUGUUGUAGCCAGGUCCUCUUAGCUUUUUAUUUCUCCAAAGCCCCGUUCAUCAAUCCUUUCCUAAACAUCUACCAUCAUCGCUCCAUCCUAAAGGAAAGACAGAAUGAGAGCAUUACACUGGACAACCUUAAGUGACUUUUUAUGGUGCUAAAAUAAACAUGUUGUGAAAAACCU